AUGGAAACUAAAAGUUUAACAAACUCAACUAAAGUAACCACAAAAAAACCUCAACAAAAGAAAUUAAGAGUUGAUAUACCUAAACAUUUAGAUAUUAAUAAUGUAUAUAAUCCAAAAUAUGAUGUUAUCCAAUUAAUUUCUACUAAAAGUAAAUUAUGUGCUUCCAAAAAUCCACCUAGACCACCAAACAGUUAUUUUUUGAUGAAAAAUUGUUACAUGUUAGAAUUAAGAGCAAUUGGUUUAAGGUUUACAAUGCCAGAAUUAUGUAUCCAAUCAAAACAACUGUGGAAAGAGGCACCAAAUGAAGUGAAAAAACGUUACAAUGAAAUACAAUUAAAAGCUCAAAGCAUCCACAAUGAAUUGUAUCCAGAAUAUAAAUUCAGACCAAGAAAAGGACAAAAUCUUAAAAUAUCCGUUUCUCCCCACAAAAGUGCUGCUAAUAUUACAACUUUUCCUUCCACAAAUUAUUUGAAAAGACCUGCUUCUCGAUUGGAUAAUUAUUCAUCAUUGGAAUCUGAAGUCAGAUCUACAGCACUUUCUAGUUCUUCGGAUCCCCUCAAAACCAAUUAUUCGUUAGAAAUUUCUACCCCUAUAUUUUCUGAUUCCCUUGAAUACUCUCCUUCACUUUCAAAUAAAUUGGAUCAAAAUUAUAUUGAUAAUGAUAUAACACCUUUUUCAUUUUCGAAUGAAGAAUUUAAUGAAUCGUUAGAAAGUUUUGAGCCAUCUUUAGAUUUUAGUCAAAAUUUUCAACCUUUACAAUUAUCGUACUCAUAUAACCCAAACGAAAUUUUAAAUGUUUCUAUAGGCCCAGAUAAUAAUUUUUUUGACCAAGAACAAAGUUUCAAUCUUAUAGAAAACAAUGAAAACAAUGGAUAUGAAUUUUUUCCAUUUCAUUAG